UCGGGUCACCAUCAAUUUCAAGUUGCACGUAGUCCAAACGCACCAAAAAUUUUCGAGUUUAAGGUGAUAAAAUCAUUAAAAAUAUACGUACUAAAAGGGUUCAUUGUAAAACUAUUUGUGUAUAUUUUGUUUAAACUGAAACAAAUGUCGUGCAAUUUUUUGCCGCUCGGGCGGCAGGUAGAGAUGGCGCCCCAAAGUUCGGACACAAUGUCCGAAAUUUCGGAAAGCGGUACUACUUUGUCCGGCUGGACGUCCAAAUGGGACUCUAAAGAGGAUUUGCGAGAUCUGGCGACGAAAUUGGGGCUGAACGACGUGUCGGAUUUGUCCCAAGAACGAUUCCGGGUCGAUAGGAAAAAACUGGAACAAAUGCUCACAGGUGACAAUGACGCACUGUUUCCAGCGGAUGUAUUUUUCUCAAAAAUUAUGGAAGAUACCGAUACUUCAAUAAUAUGGCCCAAUAAACUGAAAAUUGGAGCCAAAUCCAAAAAGGACCCCCACGUAAGAAUUGCUGGCCGACUUGAAGACGUGAAUGUUGCUAAGAACAGAAUUUUGACUAUAUUGAACACGAAGUGUAACAGAGUGACAAUGAAAAUGGACGUCAGCUACAGGGACCACUCGCACAUCAUAGGCAAGGCCGGUUUGAGCAUCAAACGGGUUAUGCAAGAGACUCAAUGUCACGUACAUUUUCCCGAUUCGAAUCGCACAAAUCCCAACGAGAAAAGUAACCAAGUUUCGAUUUCUGGUGACAUCGAGGGCGUCGAAUGCGCGAGAAGUAGAGUUCGCGAAUUGAUCCCGUUGAUUUUCGGUUUCGAACUGCCGAUCAUGUCGAAAAAUGUGGAGCCGAGCUCGGCUUACCUCUUGAAGAUUCAAGAACAAUACAAGGUGGAAGUGAAAUUUAAGACGCGACCUAAAUUACACGCGACUUUGGUGACGGUUAAAGGCGUCGAAUGGGAGGUGAACCAAGUGAAGCAGGCGACAUUGUUGCUCAUGGAAUUCAUGUGCGAUGAUCUGGCCAGUCAAAUUCCGGUUCAGAUGUCAAUGGAAAUAUCGCCGCAUCACUAUCCUAUCGUCUUGGCAAAAGAUCACUCUAACUUGAAGUCAAUUAUGCAGUAUACCGGAUGCAAAAUCAUGAUCCCGGACGCUCAAGAUCCGAACAUCCCCACUCUAACAAAGAGCCACGUAAACAUCACAGGCACCAUCGACAACGUGUACAAAGCUAGACAGUUGCUUAUGGGUAGUUUGCCUCUGAUUAUAAUAUUUGAUUUGCCCGAUGAUACGACUGAUUUGAAAAUUAAGCCCGAACAAAUUGCCGAAAUUCAAACCUCUUGCGACGUGAUAAUUAACAUCAGACACAAAGCCAAUAAAACUACCAGAUCCUGCGUCAUAAAAGGAGUAGAACGACACGCUUCGAAAAUCUACGCAGCCAGAAACUUGAUUUUGGGCAACGACGAACCCGCUAUCCAGGCAAACAUACCCCCUACGUAUCAUAUUCCUGCAUCCACCGCACCGGCAACUAUCGAGCAUACCAUCCCCUCUAAUUUAAAUCCUAUGCCAAUUUCCCCACUACUAAGCCCAAUGAUAUCUCCACACUGGCACUACAGUCCAGCUUCAGCCACUGGCCAACAGGGCCCGCCGUUUGUCGGAAUGACCCAGCAGUCUCACUUCUUCUAUAACAUGAUGCAGCAGGGUAUGAACCAGCAGAAUCCGCCUCAGACCAUAUCCAGCAGCGGGUACCAAUCGAUAGUGACAAGCAGCUCGGAUCAAGGCCUUCUGGACAACAGACCGACAUCUAGCUUGUCCAGUGCUAGCAAUUUAUCGUCUAUAUCAAGCAACGCAGUCAGUUCGAGGGGAACAUCGCCUAGUUGUUACCGGAAUUUUUCUGAUACCGCCCAUUCGACCACUCCGAAUGAAGUUUCGCCGGAAAUGCCAGGCGAAUGUCACGGGUUAGGUGGCGAUAAAAAGUUUGCAAGUCCGAACACAUUGUCCCCUCAUGAUUUCGAAACUAGACGUUUAGCUGGUAUGAGAAUAAUGCAAAAUCGUCCAAGUCCUGGUGGUUUAAGAUACCCUAAUGGGGUGUGGUCGGGUUACGGUAUAAGUCACACGAGCCCCGGAGGAGUUUUAAUGGAUAAAUUUAGAACCAGGGAAGACGAAAUUUGGAAGCCGAAUAGUUGGCGCCAGGCCACCGGCAUAAAUUAUCCAUCCACAUCGACCGCCAUGAAUACCAGCAAUCUUUUGGAAGCUACGCCUGCUCACGUUUGGAACAAGUUCGCAUCUAACGGCCAAUGGUCAGACCUGCCGUCGAUGCUUGCCGCCAUCAAAUUGGAACACUACAUCCCUGUUUUCAAGGAGCACGAGAUCGAUUUAACCGUAUUUUUGACUUUAACCGAUUCGGAUUUGGUUGCAAUCGGAAUUACAGCGUUCGGCGCUAGGAAACGUAUAUUGCUGGCAAUAUCCGAACUGAACAAUAGAAACGUGCCGUUUUCGGCGGCACCGGGCGCGGAAAGGAAGAGCUCGUCUUCUUCGAAUUCGACGUGCCACGGAAGUCCGCGGGAAAAUUGGUAACGAAAAACGGAAAGCUUCACGAAAGUCUACACAUAGGUAACCGUUCCCAAGACCUAUCUUGUUGCACGUGUUUAAUUUACUAUUAUUUAUAUUUAUUUCCUUAAAGCGUUUGAUUUUUUUUCUAUUGACGCAUUAAUGUUACAUAACGUCAUAAUUUUGUUGUAGUGUUAAGUAUUUAUUUGUAUUGGUACUAGUAUUUAUUGAAUAUUUAUAUAUUAUUUGUACGUACGGUAUUAGCUAAUUUAUUGUAUUUUCCUGGCGUAGGUAUGUACGAAUGUUCGGGAGCCAAAAUUUUUGAAAAUUUUCAAGCGGCCGCCUUGAACAAUUUUCAAAAAAAAUUUCUUGUUGAAUUUUUCGCGAUUUUAAAAAUACCUGUUUUAAUUGUUUGUGUGUGGAUAUGUACGUAUAUUUUUACAAUACAAAAUGUGAUAUUAUACACUAUUAUGUUUAUUGUAGUAAAAUAUUUAAUAUACAUGAAGGUAUGCUUUACCGAUAAUAGGCUUUUAUAUCUACUAAAAUGUUGUAAGCAAAAGUUUUAAUUUUAUAUUAAAACUCUAUUUUUAUUGCUUAUUUCUUGAUUAACUCCAAUGAUGACAUUAUAUAUUUUAAAAAUUAAAACUUUUGUAACCGAUGUGGAAAUUGUAUUAACUUUAGGAAUCAAUCAUUGAUUUAUAUUUAUAUA